CUAAAUAAUCUUUUUUUUUUUGGGGAAACCUACACAUAGGCACAAGCUGCUGUGCCACUCUCAGUGCAGCACAGAGGCAGCCGGUCUUCCUCACUUUCUUUCUUUCUUUCUUUCUAUCUUCCUUUCUCUUUAUUGCCUUGUGUACUGGAGUGAGUGUUGGGAACUCUGAUAUCCACAGAGAGAACAUCUGCACAUCAGUGUAACAUUACCAUGUCGUCCAUAUGUCCACGUCUAGCCUUUGUGCUCCUCUUUGCAUUUUGGAGCUGGAGCUGCUCUACUAUGGCGUUCCCUUUUAACAUGUCUGUGGACGGCAGUGGAGAUGAACAGGAACUGAUUUUCCCAACGUCUCGCACCACCCACUUCCCUCCACCCUCACCCACGCCUAUGCUUAGCAUCACCACCACCUUCAUCCGCAUCAAGCACUUCCUGUUUCACGAGGUGGUGGACUUCCUGCGUGAAAAUAUGCUCCUCAUCAUUGUGGUGAUGUCGCUGCUCAUUGUUAUCAUCUUCAUUGCCUGUUGUGCCUCAGCCAUGAGCCACAAGCGCAAACUCGAGGCCUACUAUCCUCCCAAGAAACAUGCACCCAGGAAGUACAUGGCUGUACCAAGCAAGGGGGCAGAGCAAAGCAUGAUGGAGCCCCACAAUGCCACCACGAGCUACCUGCGUGCACCGUCUAAAGCUCUAGUGGGUGAUAAGGAAGGAAAAGAUCCUAGACCAAAACCGAAGGAGGUGCAGAAAGCUGAAGAUGUGGAGGAAGUAGAGGUGCAGAAGGAAGAAGAAAAGAAGAAGAAGGAGGAGCCCAAGCCAAGCACAUCCACAGCAGGUAAUGGCCAGGCACCUGUGUGUACUUGCCACCUGAGGAAAGCAAACCAAGCCUCACAUUGAGAAAACAGACGGGUUGUUGAGGAAUGCCUCUCUAUAAAAAAGGACUUGUGGAUUUGGACUCGUUGCUGGGAAUAAAUGUUCCGAUACA